UAAAAGCUCUCUUGGUGUUGAUGUUGUAUUACGAUUAUGCCAAUCCCUGCCAGAAAAUGAGCCCGGAAAACUGUCAUUCAUCUAUAAGAUUACAGCAGACAACUUUUUUUUCAGGUUUACCACUGGCUUCUUCUCUUCCGUCAAAAGGUCUGCAUUAUACAGGCACUGUUCGUCCUAACCGCAUACCUGGCGCAAAAUUGAAAAUGGAGAAAGAAAUGAAGAACAGUGGUCGUGGUGUAGUAGACCACAGUGUAGAACGUUCAUCGAAUAUUGUGGCUGUACGUUGA